AAGAAAUGAGGAGAGGCUACACAUUAUUAACCCCCUCAAAGACCAAAAGCAAAGCAGGCAGCCAGCCAACCAACCAGGAUGGAGGGCCACACCAAGAAAGGUAAUGUAGUUACAGGGCACCAAUGAUUUGCAAGAAGAGAGAUAGUAGGAUUUAAGCAGCUAAGCCUCUCCCCCAGAGAGAGGGAGAGAGAGAGAUUUGGUAUUGGAUAGGGGAAGAGAGUGGAGAGGGUGGAGUGAGAGAGGAUUGGCAGCUUCCAGAUUCUGAAUCUCCCAGACGCCUAGUUCAUCCCCAUCUUCUUUGGUGCUUUAGGACUGUCUGAUCAAGUCAGUAAUCUGCUGAAGCACAAUGAGCUCCCAGAGUGUUGUCGCUGUGGAGCGCAUCCCUACUCCUGACAAAGCAGUGCAUGCUUGUACAUCCAAACAACCUUUAGUUCAUAGGUUGUUCGAUGCUAAAUUAAAUCAACAAGGCUUGGUGGAUGACACCUUGUCAUCCACGAGCCAAUCAUCAAACAUUAAGACUGAGUUGAUCCGAUCAUCAAGCUUGUCAAAGAGCCUAAAAGUUAACCUUCAGAAAAGAAGCCCUGAACCUGAUCCCGAAAGCCUGCUGUCUCACGUCCCACAUCCCAAUUUUUCAGACCCCAUGUCCUCAAAUUCAUCAACUUUCUGCACUAGCUUGUUUUCGUCAUCUUUAACAAAACCAGAGACAUGCAGGCAAAUCAGCACUUUACCUUUUCUACCUCACCCUUCUAAGUGUGAGCAGCAGGUUUUAGCAGGGCAAUCGUCGAGCUCCUCAUUGCUAUCAAGUGGUGAUAUCGGCAAUUCUCCUGAUGAAGCUGAACAGUCAGAUGAUCUGGAAGAUUUCCUUAAUCUUUCUGGAGGUGCUUCUGAUGGCAGUUAUCAUGGAGAAAACAAUGCCUUGGCUUUUGCCGAGCAGAUGGAAUUUCAGCUCUUGUCUGAGCAAAUAGGAAUUGCCAUUACCGACAAUGAGGAGAGUCCUCGGUUAGAUGACAUAUACGGUACACAACCGCAACUUUCUUCACUUUCAGUAUCACCUUGCUCCAACCAGAGUAUACAGAAUCCAGGACCACCGGUUAAAGUCCAGCUUAGCUCAUCUCGGUCGUCUUCUGGGUCUGCAACAACUAACAAGGCAAGAUUGAGGUGGACACUUGAGCUUCAUGAGCGUUUUGUAGAGGCUGUGAACAAGCUUGAAGGACCUGAAAAAGCAACUCCUAAGGGUGUCCUGAAACUUAUGAAAGUAGAAGGCUUGACGAUCUAUCAUGUGAAGAGUCACUUGCAGAAAUAUCGACUCGCAAGAUAUCUUCCGGAGACUAAAGAAGACAAGAAGGCUUCUUCAGAGGAUAAGAAAGCACAAUCGGGUAGUAGCUGCAAUGAUUCAGGCAAAAAGAAGAAUUUACAAGUGGCAGAGGCUCUAAGGAUGCAAAUGGAGGUGCAGAAACAGCUGCAUGAACAAUUAGAGGUGCAAAGGCAAUUACAGCUACGGAUAGAGGAGCAUGCAAGAUACUUGCAGAAAAUACUGGAAGAGCAACAGAAGAAAGCCAGCAACUCCUUAUCACUGAAAAUUCCAACCGAAGCACAAACCGAGUCACCUGAAUCGACGUCGAAGGGGAGAAGUGAAUCGGAAGCAGGCUCCACUUCGCCGCAGCCAUCCAAGAACAGAGCCCCUGAUGUAGACGCAGGAUGCAAGUCGCCGGUAGGGAACAAGAGAACAAAGGUUCAGGUUGAUCUUGAAAGUGAGGCCCCAUGUUCAUAGCCGUGCCGGGCGAGGCAAAUGCUUUCCUAUUCUGUCCUUUCCCCCCUCAAGAACUCUCUGUCACUGUCUGUAACAUGUGCAACCGUUGUAUCUCUAGUUACCUGUUGAUUUCUUGGCAUGAACUGUAUGAGCUGUGGCCAUGACAUUUGGUACCGACUUGAGAUCGUAGCCACUGUAUAUAGUUCGAAUCUGGUUAUGGAAAAAUGGAAGUUAGGGCUUAGAUCAAUCCUGUAAUGUAUGUAGGAAAGAGCAGUUGCACUGUUUGGUAGAAAGGUUCAGAUUUAGGGUUUGGAUUGUCAUCGCAAAACA